AUGAAACUUCACUUAAGCUCUGAGCAUUUAGCAGAUGAUAUUAAAUUUAGUUCAAAUGAAAAUAGUGAUCAAGAUAAGAAUGAAGGGAUAGAUAAGAAGCAAGGUUUGGAUGAAUACACAUCCUCUGCAUAUUCAACUUUGGCCAAACUGAAUAGUAAUGAGAAUGAAAGUAAGAAUAGUGAUGAUGGUGGAGGUGGUAAUAAUGGUGAAAAAGAACACUUUGAACUUGAUAAUGCAGUUUAUGAAUAUUUUGUAAGACUUUAUGAUGGUUAUAGAAAGUUGAAAUCAUUUUCACUUUUCUAUUAUAGUAGAUAUCAAAAAUAUAAACAAUUAGUUGAUGAUGAAGAUAAAGAUAAUGAAAAAUUGAUUAUGGUGAGUAAAUUUAUUUUAGAGGCAUGUGGCAGAUUACAAUUAAGUAAGGAAGAAAAAAAAAAUUAUCCUAAUAUUCCUACAGAAGCAUGCUGUUAUUUAAAACCUGCAAAAUUUCCUGGUGCAAUAGCUGUCUUCACUUUUGACAACAGUAUGAAUCAUAUAGCAUUUGCAGAUGAUGCCUUUAUAUUAACAAAAAGAGCAAAAAAUAGUAUUCAAGAAGGAUUACCCUGA